UAGUGUAGCGGCGUGCGCGGCGCGGCCGCCCGCUUGCCUACCCCGCGUGUGCCACCAUGCCGGCGACUGCCGCCAGCGCUGCACCACUCAGCGCCAGCACCCCGGCUCCUCCGCCCCGGCACUCACUCGGCACCACUCGAGGGUAAACAGCUGACGAUCACCCGCACUGACAGUAAUCGCGAACAGCUGAUCGCGCCGGCUAUCGGUCGACACCCUCGUACAUGUGCUCGCGAUACGUACUACGUUUGUGUGAUGUUGUGUUGAGGAUUUAGUGAACGGAUAAUUCUGGUGUGGGGUGCUCUUGAACGGUUUUCAGUGCGUGAACGUUGAAGGAUUCCGGGAAAAUGAAGCUCUACGUUAUUUUACUGCUCAGUUCUUUAGCGACCGGCGCGAGCCCGGAGCCUCGUCUGGUGCUGGAGGAGCCGCCGCACCACCUCGACUUCUCCAACGACACCGGCGCCACGCUCACCUGCCGCGCCACCGGCAGCUAUCAGUUGGAGUGGCUGCUCGCAGACAACUCGCCGGCGGCGGCGGUGGCGGGGCUGCGGCGCGUGCUCGCCAACGGCUCUCUGUCGCUGGGCGCGUUCCCGGCGGCGCGCUACCGGCGCGACGUGCACGCCGCCGCCUACCGCUGCCGGCUCGGCCUGCGCGCGCACGCACUGCUCACCCGGACUGUGCAUGUGCAUGCAGUACUAAACUCCCCGUGGGAGGUGCACGUGCCGGACGAGUACGUGAUGGCGGGCAACUCGGCCGUGCUGCGGUGCGUGUCGCCCGCGCACGCCGCUGACCGUGUCGCCGCGACCGACUGGCUCGCGGACGACGGGCUCAGCGUCUUCGAUAAGCAGUACUUGGACUCAAAGUACCAGCUGCUGGACGACGGCUCGCUGUUCGUGAGCGCGGUCAGUCCGGCGGACCGCGGCGCGUUCCGGUGCCGCGUCCGGGACCGCGUCACCGGACAGCACUACACUAGCCAGUAUUAUGGUCACAUAAUAGUGACGGAGCCGAAGGGCAGCGUGCGGCCGCGCGUGUCGGUCGAGGCGCGCGUGCGCCGCGUGGCGGUGGGACACGACGUGCGCCUCCCAUGCGCCGCGCACGCGUGGCCCGUACCUACCUACAGAUGGUUCCGCGAGCACCGCGAGACCCUGACCCCCCUGGAGGACUCGUCCACCUGGCCCCGCGCCUCCAUCCUCGGCGGCGGGGGGCUCCUCCGCAUCAGAGGGGUGCGCCGCGAGGACGCCGGCCGCUUCGUGUGCUGGCUGAACAAUACUGCUGGUGGCGAGGCCGUGCAUUUCACGCUCAGUGUUACAGAACCCAUCUCGGUUCGCGUGAAGCCCGAAGUUGUUCGGAGUAAAUUGAAAUCUAACCUCACUUUUGAGUGUAAGAUAUCUGGGCACCCGGUCGAGCAGGUGCAUUGGGUGCACGACGGACGGCCGCUGAAGCCGACUGAGAGGGUGCAGGUGUCAGAAGACGGCCUAAGAAUACAUAUCUCCAAAAUGCAAAAAAGCGAUUUGGGGUUCUACCAAUGUUUCGCCAGUAAUUCCAAGGAUCAAGCCUAUGGGAUCUCUGAGCUUUAUGAAGAUUCUGAGCGGCGCGCCCCAGCCAACCGCUCGCGGCGAGCGCCCUACGCCCGCAGUGCGCACACACAUGACACCGACUGGAACUUCACUGGCACUAGGGAAUCAAAACCGGAGCUGGUGUACUGGUUCUCGGAGCAGACGCUGCAGCCGGGCCCCAGCGUGUCGCUCAAGUGCGUGGCCAUGGGGCACCCGCCGCCGCAGUUCACCUGGACCCUGGACGGGUUCCCUAUACCGACCAACUCCAGGUUCAUGGUGGGCCAGCACGUGACUUUACAAGACGACGUGGUCUCGCACCUCAACAUCAGCCGCGUGACAGAACAAGAUGGCGGCGAGUACGCGUGCGUGGCGACCAACACCGCGGGCCGCGCGCUGCACGCCGCCAGGGUCAACGUCUACGGACUGCCCUUCAUCAGGGAGAUGCCCAAGGUCACCGCGGUGGCCGGCAGCGACCUGGUCAUCAAGUGCCCGGUCGCUGGGUAUCCCAUCGAGACCAUCACUUGGGAACGAGACGGACAGACUCUACCGCUGAACCGUCGGCAGCGCGUGUUCCCCAACGGCACGCUGGUGGUGGAACAAACGCAGCGCGCGGAGGACGCCGGCACCUACACCUGCCAGGCCGCCAACCGACAGCGCCACGCCGCCAGGCGCGACGUCGAGCUGCAGAUACUGGUCCAACCGAAGAUCUUGCCUAUUCAGCCUAUGACAAAUUUACUACGAGAAGGGAUGCGGGCGGCUAUAUCUUGUCAGAUCUUGGAAGGCGAUCUGCCGAUUGCGUUUCGCUGGGAGAAGAACGGGCAGGCGGUGAUAUCGUCGCCGUAUGCGCCGAAUGGCAUCAUCACGCGGCGGAUGGACGAGUAUAGUGCGUCGCUGGUGAUAGAGAAUAUCACGUCUCUGCACAGUGGAAACUAUACGUGCAUCGCGUCCAACGUGGCCGGCUCCGAGCGAUUCACCGUGCCGCUUACUGUCAAUGUGCCGCCGCGCUGGCGCUCGGAGCCGGCGGACGUGGCGGUGGCGGCGGGGCUGGACGUCACGCUGCAGUGCCAGGCCGAGGGGUACCCCAAGCCCACCAUCACGUGGAAGAAAGCCGUCGGCAACACGCCCGGCGAGUACAAGGACUUCAUGUUCGAGGGCAGCUCUCGUGUGCUGGACAACGGCUCGCUGGUGUUCGAGCGAGUGGCUAAGGACAGCGAGGGCCACUACCUGUGUGAAGCGCGGAACGACAUCGGCGCCGGCCUCAGCAAACUCAUCUUCUUGAAAGUUAAUGCGCCAGCCCGCUUCCCCAUGAAGAGCAAGACGGUGCAGGUGACGGCUGGCGAGGCGGCGCACCUGCAGUGCGCGGCGGCGGGCGACGCGCCGCUCGAGGUCACCUGGCGGAGCCCGCACCAUCACACCAUCGCGCACCAUUUGGACCAGCGAUACACGAUCCGGGAGCAAGUGCUAGACGAUGGCAUCGUGUCGGAGCUGAGCAUCCUGCAGACGUACCGGCAGGACACGGGCGCGCUCACGUGCCGCGCCGCCAACGCGUACGGGCAGGACGAGAUGCUCAUACACCUCGUGGUGCAGGAGGUCCCAGAAAUGCCCAAGAACAUCAGGAUAAUCGACCAGCAGUCCCGAACGAUCCAGAUAUCGUGGACGCAGCCGUACGCUGGCAACAGUCCAAUCAUUAACUACAUCGUGCAGUUCAAGGAAGCUUCGGAACCCUGGCCGACGACUCCCCAAAAGGUGAUAGUCCCGGGCAGCGUGACGUCAGCCAGUGUCCAGAACCUGCAGCCGGCCACGUCCUACCACCUGCGGAUCAUCGCAGAGAACCGCCUGGGCCAGAGCGAGCCCAGCCAGCUCGUGCAGGUCACUACUACUGAAGAGGUCCCCAGUGGACCACCGCUGGACGUGAGGGUGGAAGCCAAAAGUUCAACAGAACUGAUCGUGAGCUGGGAGCCCCCUCAGAGGGAUUUGUGGAACGGAAACAUUCUCGGAUAUUACGUCGGCUUCCAGGAGCUCAACAGCAACAGCUCCGUGCUAAGCGCGAGCGGGCCGGGUGGCGCGUCGUACACGGUGCGGACCGUCGAGGGCGCCGGCACAUCUCGGACCAGGACCACUCUGUCUGGUCUUCAGAAACACGCGGCGUAUGCCGUGGUGGUGCAGGCGUAUAAUAGCAGGGGCGCCGGCCCAGCGUCCCCGCCUACUACUGCCACUACUAUGGAGGAUGUGCCCAGCCUUCCGCCCGGCGCGCUGCAGUGCACGGCGCUCAGCUCGCAGUCCGUGCGCGUGGCGUGGGAGCCCCCCCCGCUGCGCGGCCGGAAUGGAGUGCUGCAGGGGUACCGCGUCACGUACGCACCCGUCACUGACUGGUAUGGUAACGAAGAUGCAGUGACCAAGCAAAUCUCUGGAAUGCACACCACGUUGUCUGGUCUACGUAGAUACACUAACUACUCUGUGACGGUGUGUGCCUUCACCGCCGCUGGCGACGGCGUCAGAGCUGCACCCGUCUAUUGCCAUACUGAGGAAGAUGUACCUUCAGCACCAGCUGAUAUAAAAGCUGCAGUCUCUUCAAGAAACAAGAUACUUGUAUCUUGGCUACCUCCAGCCAAUCCAAAUGGAGUAUUAGUGGGCUACACUCUUUACAUGAGUGUCAUUGAAGAUGGACGUGAGGAGGGUACUCACAAAAGGAUGUUGUCACCAAGCACACUGUCCCAUGAGACUUCAAGAUCCCCUCCUCGAGCCACCCACCAGUUCUGGGUCUCAGCGUCCACUCGCCUCGGGGAGGGCGAAGCGACCAGAGUAGUCACCGUGCUGCCGACUGAUAGUGUGCUGUUUUCCACAGUCCCUGCCCGGAUUACGUCGUUUAGCCGCAGUAUAGUGACUCCGUGGAAGGAGAACAUUUCGCUGUCGUGCAACAAAGUCGGGGUUCCGACGCCGUCUACCAUGUGGAGUAUGAAUGGAGCAUCGCUUGAGUCUACGCUGAGGAAGAAUGUUACCAGUGACGGGACUUUGAUCAUCAGCAUGACGCAAUACGCGGACAGCGGCAACUACACGUGCGUGGUGGAGAACGUGCACGGACGUGACGAGGUGACCUACGGCGUGGAGGUCAAGGUGCCUCCACAGCCGCCCGUGCUGGCCGUGGUGGACUCGUAUGCGGACAGUCUGCAUCUGCAGUGGAGCGACCAGGGCGAUGGGGGCAGCCCUAUUCUAGGCUACGUGAUAAACUACAAGCGCGAGCACGGCGACUGGGAGGAGCUCCAAGUAGAGGCGGGCACCUCGGAGCACGUGCUGCCCAACCUGUGGUGCGGCACGCGGUACCAGCUCUACAUCACUGCCUUCAACCGCAUCGGGACUGGGUUGCCGUGUGACAUCGUGCAUGCGUAUACUAAGGGCACUGUUCCCGUGAAGCCGAAACACUCUCAAAUGAUAACUCUGAACACGACCACAGUCACAGUCUGGCUGGACUCGUGGGGCGACGGCGGCUGCGGAAUACUUUACUUCGUUAUAGAAUAUCGGGAAAUGAGUCAAUCACAGUGGCGCCUGGUCUCCAACAGCGUGCAGGCGACAGAACGCGUGUUCAGCGUGACGAGCCUGAGUCCCGCCACGCAGUACCAGCUGCGCAUCACCGCGCACAACAACGCGGGCCACGCCGUCGCGCUCUACAACUUCACCACACACUCGCUGAGCGGCAUGUUAGACGGCGAGCUAGCGCCCCCGGUGACGGCGGCGGGGGCGCGGUCGCUGGGCGGGGCGCGGGUCAUCCUGCCCGCCGCGCUGUCUCUACUGGUGCUCGGGGCGCUGAUCGCCAUUGUCUUUCUUGUUAGGAGAAAUAAAUCAGGCGGCACGGAGACGGCGGCGACAGAGAGCGGCGUGGGCGAGUCGCCGUCGGUCGCUCAGCUGCAGAACAAGGUGAACCGCGACCAGCAGUACCUGGCGACCCGCGCGCAGCACCCCGCGCCGCCGCACUACAAGCACGCUUCUAAUGAAUACAUCGAAGACAUCUGCCCGUACGCCACGUUCCAACUGACGAAGCCGACGGCGUACAGCGAGAGCAGCUACAGCGGCAACGUGUACAGCGGGCCCUACCACUCCGUGCGGGGCUCCUUCGUCUACCACGACGUCAAGCAGAAUGACAAAUAUAAGGGUAAAGAACCGGAAUACACUAAAGUGAGAAGAAAAGGGAAUCGACUUCGCGACCCUCACUCCGAGAGUCAAGAGUCAGACAACUUGGGUUCGACGGAUUCGGAGGUGAAGAAGAUACUGACUCUUCACCUGCCCAUUACAGAGUACGAGGACGAUGCGAGUGACGACGCCAGUGCGCCCGCGCACUCUGAUAGCGAGACCGGCGCCCGGCUCACGCGGCCCUCGCAUCCUACCACUUACCCAAGCGUGGAGCGCGAAGAGUCAUCGUCCUCAUCAGAGAACUCCCUCGGCGGCGUGGUCCGCAAGGCGUUCCCCUCGCGCAAGGGCAAGGCGGGCGCGCUCGGCAAGAGACACGUGCGCAGCAGCAGCGGGUACAGUAGCCACAACGACGAGACCACCUUCAGUAUAUCGAACUACCCGUCAUUCAACGAGCACAUCCACCCGCCGUCGCGGUUCUCGGACGACACGGAGUGCGAGGGCCGCCACCGCCGCAAGAGGGCGCCACAUCCGCACUCCGACACCAAAAUUACUAGAGAAGCCUUUCAGAUCAAUGUUUAAGGGUUAACAGACGGUUAUGUCUUGGAGAUUUCGAAAGCGCACGCAAAGGGUUAACGGCGCGGGCGCUAGGUUGCAAUAUUGUUUUCAAGUACAUUAUUUGGUAAAAAGGCCAUGACACGGAAAUU